AUGGCGGGACAGACAUCUAGAAUGUUUCCCCUCCUUGACCAAGUAUUAGUAGAAAGGAGUCUUAGGCUUCCAGAAAAAUCUCAAGGAAAAGUACUGCAAGCAACAGUUGGAGAUAAAGUUCUUCUUCCAGAAUAUGGAGAUACCAAAGUAGUUCUAGAUGAUGAGGAUUAUUUUAUUUAG